UAUAUGUUGCCAUAUCAAAUAUUUUUAGAUUAGUCUUUCGCUGUAUUUUCAUUAUUAGUCAAAAUAUUACGAUUAUUAUGAUAUGGAUGAAAUGUUAUUAUUAUAAGUAAAAAGUACGGAGUUUUUCGUAGUCGACUCCGUAUAGACACAAUCCACUCUCCACGGAAACCCAUAGACACGUCAGUGCCUCACAACGUCCCACUCCCCAUUUAUUUCUCCCUCACUUUCUCUCUCCUCAAGCCGCCAACUUUCAACGAUCUCUCUCUUUCUCUCUCCUCCUCUGUUUCUUCGACUCUUCUGCUGGUGUGAAACCACAAAAUUAAAAAAAAAAAUAUAUUAAAAGAUGGGUUUUACAUUAGAACAACAAUUGAAAAUUCCCAGGUGAUUUUUUCAUAAUUUCCCACGAAAAAUUUUCAUAUAUAGAGUGGGUCAAAAUUAGAUAGUAGGCAGAAAAACACAGAAAUAAAUAUGGUUUAUUCAGAAUUUUAGAGGAAGAAGAAAAUUUUCUUGACUCUUUCAGCUUAACUUCGAGGAAUUUUCAUAUAGAUCAGGAAAAGCAUGACUAACAAACAGCAGUCAAAUGUUCGAUUAGUUAAAUGUCCAAGAUGUGCAAAGAUCCUUCCUGAACCAGAACAUGUUCCUCUAUAUGCCUGUGGUGGAUGCGGUACAACUCUCCAAGCAAAAAAUUACAGAGAUUCCCGUAAAAACACAACAUUGAGCUCGCAUGAAAAAAAUUUCAAAAAGAGUAAUGGAAUCAUCCAAGCUCAUAAUGGUGGAGAAUCUAGCAGCUCAAGUCGAAGAUCAAGUUCUGCUAGUGAACAAUUAUCAGUUCAAGAAAAAGGCAGGGAUCAGGAAACUGUUGAAAAAUUAGGUGAUUCUGAACAGAAUGGAGCAGCAGAUUCUUCCGAGCAUACAUUAUUGUCUAAAGAGUCUAGUUUUCUCAAGAAAAAUGGACAAGCAGACAGCAAAAUGGACCAAUUUGUUUUAAAGGAUCGUAACGAAAGGAGGGAUCGGGAAGCUGCUCAAAGUUCUGAGCAGAAUGGAGCUGCAAGUUCUGUCAAUCAUAUUGCAAUCUCACAAGAGUCUAGUCUCAUUGAGGAUAAGGAAAAUGGAGAAAUAGACAGUAAGCUGGACCAAGUUGUUUUGAAAGAUCAAAACGAAGGAAAGUAUCAGGAUUCUGUCAAAAGGUUAAGUAAAUCUGAGCAAAAUGAAGCUGCAAAUGCUGCCCAUCAUUCAGCAUUGUCAGAAGAGCCUCAUUUCACGAAGAAAAUGGACCUAUUGGAUUCAAAGGAUCAGGUUCCUAAUAAUAAUCCUACUGUCCUCGAGAACAAACAGCUGGAGCAACUUAACAUGGGAAACUCAGUGUUAGAAGAUAACAAUGGUCAAGAUGAACAGUGUGAUGGCAUUGUUGAGAAUCACCAUGAGAAACAGAUAGGAGACGUGAAUCAUGACAAAGACACAUUUACACCGGAAGAUUCUCAAGUCCUAGGAAAAAAAGAUGGUAAAAGCCUUGCUGUGGUAAGAGAUUCAAUGGAAGAUGAGGAUGAUCAACAUGAUCAGAAGAAGGUUGGAUAUGUGAGCUCUGCCGAAGACACUUCUAGCCUGAUUGAGUCUCCAGCCAUCCAGAAUCCAGCAAAAUACCAAGUUUCUGAUCACCAAUUGCCUGAAGAAACCAGAAAGAUGCACCUUCGAGGGAAAUAUUCUCACCAAGACCAACAUAAGCAAAAGCAGAUUGGAUUUGAGAUCUCUGCCAAAAACGCUUCUUCAUUGAUCGAGUCUCCAACAAUCAAGAAUCUGGAAGAACAUGGUGCUUCUGAAUGCGAAGUGUCCAAAGACACCAGAACGAUGCACGUUGCAGGUGAACAUCCUCAUGACGAUGAACAUAAACAAAAGCAGGCUGGAUAUGCGAGCUCUGCACAGGACACUUCUUCAAUAACCGAGUCUUCAGCCCUCAAGAAGCCUAUACAGUUGAAUUCUGAAAACUCAGCAGAUUACAAUGCUUUUGAUCAUGAAAUGUCCAAAGAAAUCCGAAAGGUUCACAAUGUUGGGAAACUCUCUCAUCAAGAUGCAUCGGAAAAUGAGAUUACAUGCCUUGAGGCAGAAAAAUCAGAGGUACAAAAAUCAGGCAAGAAAUAUGGAAAUGGGACUGGUCCUAACGAUUUUGUAGAGUGCAUAGCAGAGCGACUUGAAAAUGUAAAGCUUUCAAGUGCACCUUCACACUCAGCUGAGAUUAAUCAGGGAGGAAAUGCUGAUUCGGUAUCUGGGACUGAAGAUGGCUUAGAAGCCUAUGGAAGUCAUAGUGUUUCUGUUCCUUCAAAUGUUACAGAUCUGAAAAUUUCUCAUGACAAGAGUACUACCAAGGUUUCAAGAGAUACUCAUCACGAGAAAAAAUCAUUAGACAAUACCAAAGGAAGUUCAAAGAAAAUAAUUAAGAACUUCAAGGAUAGUGAUGUUUAUUCAGACGGUGAAUUUGGGAGUUUGCUGAAAGAAAUUCCAAGAUCUCCCACCAAAAGGUCCCCUGCUUAUGAUGGUAGUGUCUCUUCCUUCGAUGGAAAUGAUGACCAAGUCCCAGGACAACCUGUUCAAAUGGGUGAGAGAACAUUGCCCACAUUUAAUGAUGGUGCUGAAGAUAGUCCUGAACGGGAAAACGUUAUUUCAGAGAGAAAAAUCUACAGGAAUUCAAGAGUACAAACUCAAGCGAGAAGUUCUUCAACGAUGCUAUCAGAUCAGAAGUUGAAAAGCAGCAUGGUAGAGGAAGAUGGACCACUAGAAGAGAAUGGAAUCCCUCCAAGAAACAACAGAAUUAGGCCUGAUAGAGACAGCUUCCUGCCUAGAGUUCCUUACAGCAGGAGAAGUUGUGAACUGGUCUAUGAAACUGGCAGCUCUUCUAGUUAUGCACUACGUGAUGAACCCCUAAGCCAUCAAAUGCAUCAUCAUCCUUACAGAGGAAGAUUUCCUGAAGUGCCUGUUUAUAGGGAAAAGGAGUUUCCUCCCAAGUACUAUAACAGUGAAACAUCAGGAGAAAUUUAUGACAGAACAAAGUAUCAACAUGCUUAUAUUGACAGAAGAAGGCGAUCUGAAAGUUGGUCUCAGAGCGGGACCCUCCCACGGAUGCCAUAUUCUGGAGAGAUCUUUGAUGGAAGGUACCCUUACAUGCAUCGGUACCCGGAUGAUCAAAGGUGGUCUGCGCAAUUACCCCCACCUGCUGUCUGUUGCCACCAAGGGGUAUGCAUGGGUCCCACCUGGGGAAAUAGAUGGGACCCAUAUGACUCAUACCCAUCAAGUCCACAACGAUUUGUGGAGUCAGAAUCCUCCUGUGGUUGGGGUCAUGAGACAAUGUAUCAGUCUGAUGAUCAUAGGCAGAAAGAUCAGGUCAUGAGGAGAUUGUACUUGAGGGAGAAACGACAAGCAGUGAAAAGACGGUAUCAUCCCAUAGCAGGUGGAGCUCCAUUCCUGACAUGCUACUUCUGCCUCAACGUUCUACAACUUCCUGAAGGUUUUCUCCAUUCCAGAAGAAGAAGAGGAAAGAUAAACCACAAGCUGCAGUGUGGUGCUUGCUCUAGAAUACUAAAAGUUUCCCUCGAAAAUGAAGGUUGUAUUGCUCCUUCUGAAGCUUGUGUUGACAAGAAUGUUAACCUAGCUGCGUCUUCACAUGUGAAUCAUUCUCGUCGGGGCAGCUUAAAUUCUGCAGAUGGUAGAGAUUUGCUUUCACGUGAUACCUUUGGAACUUCUGGUCGAGAAAAAAGAAAGGUUAUUCCUGGAAGCUCGAGGAAUAGAGAAAGAAUGGAAGAUUCAGACGAUGCUGCACCUCAUGCUACUCGAGGAAGAGAGUCAAAGGUAACCUGGAAAAUGCCUGCGAGGAGUAAGUCACCACUUCAUAGGCUCAUGGGCUACUCUUCACCCCAGGACUUGUUAACUGGGCGUGAAGAUGAAGAUGAUGUGAUUCAGACGAUGCUGCACCUCAUGCUACUCGAGGAAGAGAGUCAAAGGUAACCUGGAAAAUGCCUGCGAGGAGUAAGUCACCACUUCAUAGGCUCAUGGGCUACUCUUCACCCCAGGACUUGUUAACUGGGCGUGAAGAUGAAGAUGAUGUAGAGUGAUGGUCUGAGUUUGGAAAUUUAAACAAAGAAAAACCGUUCAUUUUUCAUAGAAUUAGCAAGCUACGAAUCGUAACAGAUUCAUUUUUCCUGAUGCACUCUGGAGAUUGUUAAGGUAUCGUGACACGUCUGAUUAUUAGUAAUCAUAGUAGAUGGUUAAGGACAGAAUAUAUUUUCGAUUCUAUACAUAGAGUUGCCUUGUAAUAUAUUUGAUGUGUAUAAAUUAUCUUGAUUUGAUUGUUUGAAAAAUGUUCUCAGAUAUAUAGAAAAUUUCAAUUUUUUUG